AUGGUGAAAGCACAAAUCCGCCGCCGAAAUUUCCCGAAGAGAAUACAAAAUCGCAGCCGGAAUCUAAAAACGCCAGCGAAUCCGAAGGGGAAACCACAAGCAGCUUGCAGGAUACUGCACCUGCUGGAAGUGAUAGAGAAGCUUUGUUUGAUAGAUCCGAAAGAGAUAUUGGUAGCGAUUCUGAUUGGGACGAUUGCUUUUGGGACUAAAUGUUGGGUAUCGGCCUACAAGCCUUGCAGUAACCUCACUGCUGGAUUGCGUAGCAGCAAUCAAUCUACUAUCCAUCAUAACGCCUCCCCAGUCAAUUGCUCAACAUAUGCCCUGUGA